CUCAGUGCAUAACAUGGAAGAAGCUAUUAAGCCUGCUAACUUCCAGAGAGUUGUGCAAGCAGUAAAGAAAGUUUCAGGUUUUGAUGAAGAGACACUGUCAUACAAAACUCCAAGCCUUGCACUGAAACUGGGACAUACACUGCAUAAAAUGUCUGACAUUAUCCAUUGUCGUGCCCUCAUGACAGAGGAUGAAGCCCUAAUCAAGUCCACUGAUGCGUUCAAGAAGUUGUAUGUCUCCAAAUGGUCUGAGAUGGUGUCUCACCGUGCCUUGAACACAUUGAGUGAGGCAAAGUUUAACAAGCCAUCAACCUUGCCCUUUACAGAAGAUGUUCGGAUUCUCCAUCACUACCUUCAAAAAUCUGCAGAAAGUGCCUUUUGCAGCUUGGAGAACGAAGCCACAGCUCAGAAUUAUGCCCAACUUGCACAAGUUACACUCUCACAAAUCAUUGUGUUCAAUCGAAGACGUUCUGGAGAGGUUUCAAAGAUGCGCCUCAAAAGUUUUCUUGAAAGAGACAAAACAGCACUCCACACAGAUGUUGCCAUGGGGCUCUCAGAAAUGGAACAGAGACUCUGUAACUAUUUCUGUAGAAUAGAAAUAAUGGGAAAAAGGGACAGAAAUGUUCCAGUUCUGCUAACACCAAGCAUGCUGGAUGCUUUGUCACUACUGGUUAGUAGGAGGCCUGACUGUGGUAUUUGUGCCACUAAUAUCUACCUCUUUGCAAGACCCCGAUCAAUGAGUCAUUACAGAGGAAUGGACUCCUUGCGUGUUCAUGCACACCAGUGUGGAGCAAAGCACCCUGAGUAUCUAAGAUCGACACAGCUCAGAAAACAUGUUGCCACACUCUCACAAGUCCUUAAUUUGAAAAACAAUGAACUUGAUCAGGUUGCAGAUUUCCUGGGUCAUGAUAUCCGCGUUCACCGCGAAUUCUACAGAUUACCAGUUCCCACAACACAGCUGGCCAAGAUUUCCAAACUGCUUUUAACACUGGAAAAAGGACAUCUUUCCCAGAUCCAGGGGAAAUCACUGGAUGAGAUCGAAAUUGAAGAUGAAAUUGCAUUAAGUGAUGCUGAAACAAAGGACAGUGAGAGUGAAUCAGAUGAUGAUGACACAGCACUCACAAUGUCAGCGUGUGGCACCAGUGAGCCUGUACAUGCAGUAGCUGAUUCCACAAACACAGCGCAGCUCCAAGACACUGUAGAUUAUGGUAAGUUACCACUAGCUUGGUUUCUGUGGAUAAAAUGUUUGUUACAAAUAUUAAAACUUAAUCAAAUUGUGUAAUCAGCAGAUGAAGAACCACUCAUAAUGCCUGCAGCAAGUGAGACUGCUGCUCCCUCUGAAGAUAAAAAUGCUGCUCAAUCCCACAAUUCCCGAAGAGCUCCCAAAAACAUGUGGUCCAAGGCUGAGGUUGCUGCAGUGAUGAGGCAUUUUAAAGACCACAUAAACGAAGGGAAACUGGCCACCAAAAAUGAAUGCAGUCAUUGCAAAUUGGUAGAAGAUCCGGUGUUGGCAGGAAGAACAGUUCAAAACAUAAGAGAUUUUGUAAGAAACAGAGGAUUAAC